UUGAAGUUGUUAAUGAAUUUUAAUAAACAUGCCACAAAUAACAUAGACGAUGAGCAGUUGAAUGAAAAACUCGAUGCAGCAUAUUCUUGUAUAAAUAAAAAUAUUUUGGACGAAAUUUUACAAGAUCAAACUACAAAAAGCGAUAUUAAAAAUACAGAGUGGCAAUAUCUUCAUUUGAUUUUAUAUACUAUAAAUACACUUUGCAAUAGUGAAUUAACCGACGAAAAGUCUGUAAUUAAUGUCGAUCAAUUUCGAGUCAUAGAAAUAGCAAUAGAUGUAGCAACGAGCAUUGGAAUAUUACCUCAACUUAAAGUAUACAUGACCAAAAUGCACUCUAGAAGAUUCAACAUAAAAGAAAAUAAUGACAACAUAAUCGAGAAACACAAAAUCUUAACUUAUACGGUUAACACAUUUUUGGAUUGUUUUGAUAAUAUUAUUCUUCGACCUGCUUUAAUAACUCAAUUGGAUUGCUUACUCGCAGCUUUAUUGCAAUUGUCGCAUGCAGUAUUAAAAAAACCAACAAUACAAAAUGUCGCUUCUAAUAUUUCAAGUUCAGAGUUCAAUAUGACAAUUGAACUUUAUACAAAGUUAAAAGGAGAGCAAGAAACUUUCUGUCAAAAAUUACAUAAAUUGAUUGCAAAUUGUCCCCAAUCCUUGUUAAUUAAGGAACUAAUGGUAUUGAUGGGUGUUAAAAACAAUCCAAAAUGGUUUCAUGUAAAUAUUAAAUCCUAUUUGAUCGAUGGAAUUAUGAUGGCUAAUGGAGUUAGAGCACUAACAUUAGCUAUUUGUAAUGAAGUUUCUGAUUUGGGAAAAUGUUGGGACAAAUUAGAUAUUACAGCACAGCUUAUAGUAACGUCACAUGGAUUAAACACGGAAAAAUAUUAUGACUCAGUUUGUUCUCAGAUUAUAGAUAUGUUAACUUUUCAAAAUAACAAACAAGAGAUCAUUAUAGCCAAUUAUUAUAUAAAAGCUUUAUACGAUUAUAACCCUGACAUAUGUAUUAAUAAAAUCAUUCUUAUUGUUAUGGAACCACUUUUAUUAAAAAAUGUUAGUCAAGAAGAUUCAAGUAUAAUUAAGACUGAAGAUGAAGUAUCUCUGUGUAUCGAAAAUUUAAGCAAAUUAUUUAUCUCAAUGGAUGCUGAAUUUAAAUGCUUGCCAUUGAAACUCCUAUCGUUAGUCGCAUUACCUUUAUUUAGUCUUUAUGUAAGCUCUUAUAGGAGUAUUUAUGUUCUUCGUAAGCAAGUACGGCAAUUACUUUUACAAAUUCUUGCCGAUGAAUCACAUAGAGAAAUGAUUUUUUCCAUAUUUUUAAAUGAUCGACAGUCUAAAAAUGACGAGUUUGGUAAACAGUUGUGUUUUCAAUUUGGAGUUAAUGGAGGCUUUCAAAUUAUUUUAGAAUCCGUUUUAAUUGAACAAGAAGAAAUUGUAGACUGCCUUUUUGAUUUAGUAAGAAAAGAUGGACACUUGUCAUUUAGUUUGUUCACGUAUCUAUUAAAAGUAUUGCCAAAAAUAAAUGAAUUGUCAGAAGAAGUUCAGAAAGGAAAAUUGUUGGAAACAACUACAGAUACAAUGAUGAGAAUUGAAAAACAAAUAUCAGCUAUGAAAUUAUUAACUUUAUUAUCAGGUUCUACUCAAGUUCAAAAGGAGCAAAUAAAAAAUCCUGAGCCGCUUCUAUAUUUUAUUAAAUUUUUCUUCUCUAAAAUUACUUCUACUUCUAUAAAUGAUGAUACAUCAUCGUACGAACAAGAUAUUAGUAUAUUAUACAUUGGUUUAAUGUUGAUAAAAAUUAUUUUAACAGAGAAUUUUAUGCAUAAUUGGGAUAUAUUUCAAAAGUUUAUCACUGACAUUAAACAAUUUGAUUUCGAAAGUGUACCAGAACAUAUUGUUUCUAUUGUCGAAGAAAUAGAAAUUAUAAUCAAAAAGAAAAACAAAACAUCCCAUUUCAGAAAUUAUUCUGAUUUAUCUGUUAAUGCAAAAAAUUUAAGUGAAUUUGAUAAAGCACUAGCCGAUUUAACAGAUCCGUUACUUCCAGUUCGUGCUCAUGGUAUUAUAUCUCUUACUAAAUUAAUUGAGAAUCGUCACCCUGAAAUUUUAAUGAAAAAAGACUUCCUAUUUUAUUUAUUUCAAGAAAAUCUCAAUCAUGAUGAUUCAUUUAUUUAUUUAGCUGCUAUUAAUGGAAUUUGUGCAAUGUCCACAAUUUAUCCAGAAAAAGUUAUUUUAAUAUUAGUACAAGAAUUUAUUGGUAUGAGUGAACAAACUAGAAAUCAUGAUUUGCUACCUGAAACUCGAGCCAAACUUGGCGAAAUUCUGGUUAAAAUAACAAGAGCCUUGGGUGAAAUGACUCCGAAGUACAAAAGUUUAUUAGUAAAUGGUUUUUUGACGGGUACGAGAGACCCACAUGCUCUUGUACGUUCAUCGAGUCUUUCUUGUUUAGGAGAAUUUUGUAAAAUAAUGGGUUUCAGGCUAGGAAAUUUAAUAACAGAAAUUUUGUAUUGCAUUGGAUGCAUUAUAAAAACAGAUAAAGACGACGAUUGUCGACGUGCUGGGGUUUUAGUAGUAACAUUAUUGCUUCGUGGACUUGGUAAAGAUACAUUAACUCAAUUAGGAGAGAAUCUUGUCACUCUUUAUCGAAGUUUGAAACACUUGCGUGAAAAUGAUAAGGAUCCUGUUUUGCAAUUACAUGCUCAACUUGCCCUAGAAGAGUUUGACGACAUUGUACAACAAUUUUUAUUUACAAAGCCAAAACUUGAAAAGUCAAUUUUUUUACUUAAAAAUUAG